AUGGCCGCUCUCUACGAGCUCAUUGCUGUCGCUACAGAUGUAACCGACAUGCCAGUUGCACAGCUCAUGAACAAUCCCAAGAUAUGCGAAUCCAUUGUCCAACGAGUGCAGAACAUUGGCAGAGCAUGGGACGACCAUCCAGACUGGCCCGGUCGUAACUGGUACGUUCAAGUACUGCUCGCCGUCGCCAGCCUCAGCCGUGUCGUGGAGUGGUGGGAGGCCGAGAAACAGUUUUGGAAUUUUGACGACAAUAACGACGAACACGAUGAGCCGCUCAUGUUUGUCAUGAAACCUGCCGAUGAGGACGUGUCCAACUUGGAUCUAGAGUUGGAAGGUUUCAGAUUGGACGACAAGCCGCCCUCCCCGGGCCUAUCCCGCAAGCCAACGGCAGAGGCUCCAUUCGUCGCCCCCGCUCCGGAGGGAGAUGCUGGGUCCACCUCUUCCGAGAGGUUAACACCCAACCAGGCCGUUUCUAAUGCCGAAUCAGCGCGCGUCCUCGCCACAGAGCGCUUGCGAUUGCAAGCAGAGACGGCCCAGAAUCAAAACAUCGUAAUGGAACUGAGUUUGGAUGGCGACCACUUUAUCUGGGUAAAUCAUGCAUGGAGAGUGGUUGUCGGGACGGAUCCAGAAGGACUUUCAGGUACUCGCAUUUCCAGUUUGCUGGCUCCUUCCGACUGGGGAGUUUUCAAAGAAGCUACAAACCGUCUUCAAGAAGACGAUUCACACACGGUCGAGGUCCGGUUCAAGUUGCAAAUCGAGCCCACCGUACAGCAGGACCCUUCUGCUGGGGUGUUAUACCAGUUGAUGGAAGGAAAAGGCAUGCUGAUGAUCGACCGCGAGGAUGGUCAACCGUCGCAUACCAUGUGGGUGGUGCGUCCCAUUGCCCCAGCCCGCUUUGAGCACGACACGGUUUCCAUCAACCUAGAAGCGGAUGACCUGGCGCCGGAACCAGCAUCGACGAUCAAACAAAGUUUCGUGGACCGCAGUUAUACAGAACCAGCGACGCCCUUUCCUUUCAACGAGCCCAUCGUUACGGACAACAUCCUUUGCCGCAUCUGCGAAUCUCAGAUUCCCCAGUGGUAUUUCGAGAAGCACAGCGAAACCUGCGCAGAAACACAUAGACUGGAAGCCGAGAUCAUGGAGUGCAACGAAUCAAUCCUGGAAUUGCGAAAUGCCAUUCGGGAUUUGUCCACCGCCAUCGACCGCUCUUCCCCUACGGCUGCGCCUGAAUACCGCGGAAUGCCUGUAUUUAUCCCGUCUUCCUCGCCAUUGAUGUCGUCCCCUCUCCAGUUAUUCAGGGCCAACAAGUUACAGAGAUUCAGCGUCAAGAAGAUGCAACGACGCUUCUUGGACCAGGUCGACGAAAUCCUGCAGACAUGCCUGGAAAUUGCCAUGCCCUCUCUGAAGGAGGAGGAGGCGGAUGAACCGAUCGAAAGACAGCGUCUGCUUUCUCCAACCUCUGAACGGAAGAUCACGCAAGUUCGCAAUUGGGCAAAGCCAACGACCGAAGAUGCCGCGUUAGGCCAGCUUCUUCAGGAUGCCGAGCGUAUCAUGCGCCAGAAGAUCGACAGCGUUGUUCGCAUGCAGAACACCAUACGUUAUGCAGAGAAGAUUUGGGCAGAGUGGGAAGAGAGGAUCGAGAGCUACCUGGCCACGAUCAAUGAGUCAGGAAGUGAGAACGACUCCGCAUCUGAACCCGAGAACGCGCCAGAAUCGGUUCGCGACAGAAAAGAUUCUGAGACAACAACCGUCGACGAUCAUUCCAGCACUACCUCAGAAUACAACUUCGGCCGCGAUACCUCAUCCAAGGAACUCUCGCCUAUGUCUUGUCUGUCGCCCAUCCCGUUCAUCACAUCUCCAACCGAGCCCCGCCCUCUCUCGCUAGCACCUGUCCCCGCUGCGAGUAACCAACAGCACAUUUCCACCCCUAUUCCCGUGCACCCUCCCACCAUGACUCGGCAACAACAAUUGUCAACACGUUCGUCGACGCCAUCCUCCGUUUCCUCUCCACUCGCACGGGCACCCAUUGUUGCCGCUCCUUCUCCUGAAGAUCCGCAGCCUCCGGCAUCCCUUGAAGAUGCUACCUCCGCGACGGCCACUGCGCCAACCAUCAAGACUCGCAAGUCCAACCAGAGCCUACUUGAGCCCAAGUUUGUGGUUACACCACCAGCAUCACCACAAGUCUCAGGCCGCGACUCGGCACCCAGUGGUUCUGGCCUCACUCGCGAAGGCUCCACGCGCCGAGGACACCGUCGUCACUCUAAUGCAAAUAUUCUUACAAGCCCUCCACCGGCAGGACCAUUGUCUCCCAGACAAUCCGGGGCCAUCCCCCUCCCUCGUACCAACCCUACAUCCAUCAAAGACUUCGAAAUCAUCAAGCCUAUCAGUAAAGGUGCCUUUGGAUCUGUCUUUUUGGCCAAGAAGCGUGUCACUGGAGACUACUACGCCAUCAAAGUUUUGAAGAAGGCGGACAUGAUUGCGAAGAAUCAAAUCACUAACGUUAAGGCUGAGCGAAUGAUCCUCAUGAAGCAAGCAGAAUCACCAUUCGUCGCUAAGCUCUAUUUCACCUUCCAGAGCAAGGAGAACCUAUACCUCGUCAUGGAGUAUCUCAAUGGUGGUGACUGCGCUGCCUUGAUCAAGUCCCUUGGAUCCCUUCCGGAGGAAUGGGCCAAGAACUACGUGGCAGAAGUCGUCCUUGGAUUGGAGUAUCUUCACCAACGGGGUAUCGUUCAUCGUGAUCUGAAGCCGGACAAUCUCCUCAUUGACCAGCAUGGACACUUGAAACUCACUGAUUUUGGUCUCAGCCGUAUUGGUCUCUUGGGACGACAGACUCGAGACACACAGUUUGGACGGGCGCUCAGUCGAUAUGGUUCACGAUCGCGACCUCCGUCGAUGGAUUCUGCGUACUUCUCUUCUCCCCUCUUCCUCAACGAUCCAUCUGGUGGUUCGUAUUUUACCCAGAGGCCAACUUCGGUGUCCCGUGUUGGAAACAGUCCUUACCUACCCCCAGCAGAUGAUCCUAGCGAAUCCAGCGGUUCCGAGUCUAUUGCGAACUUCCAUGCCCGUCGCAAUGGAAGGAUGUCGGACAGUCCCCUGCAGUCGUUCGCCACCGAGUUAACGACUGACCUUCGUUCUCAUUCCAGCUCCAAUGCGAGUGGCACAACGCCUCCCGGAGAACAGAAAUUUGUAGGCACGCCUGAUUACUUGGCACCCGAAACUAUACUUGGUUUGCGAGGAGACGAUGCCGCUGUCGAUUGGUGGGCUCUGGGCGUUAUCACCUACGAAUUCCUUUACGGCAUACCUCCUUUCCAUGCCGAUAGCCCAGAGAAGGUAUUCGAGAACAUCCUAUCUGGACAUAUCGAGUGGCAUGAAGAAUGGGUAGAGUAUUCUCCAGAGGCUCGUGACUUCAUGCAGUCGUUGAUGAACGUGGACCCCAACGCUCGACUUGGCUCCGGCGGCGCAGACGAGGUCAAGAGCCAUCCAUGGUUUGAAGGCAUUGAGUGGGACAAGGUCACGACUACAGAAGCCGCUUUCAUUCCACAGGUCACCGACCCAGAGUCGACUGAUUAUUUCGAUCCUCGCGGGGCGAUCCCCCAACUUUUCGGCGAUGACGAAGACCUGGUCGCGGUGACCUCGAGAUCGCACACAGGGAGCCCUGCAAACAUGCCCCCGCCUAGCGCGCCUGUCCCAAUUGCAGGCAAAGAAACUCCCAGUUCUGCUGGUAGUGACGAUUUCGGAUCCUUUAGCUUCAAAAACCUUCCUGUAUUGAAGCAGGCGAACGACGACGUUAUCCGCAAACUGAAGACCGAUCAAAUGGCGCCAAUGACCCAUACCCUCACUGAACCAGCGAGCUAUCACCACCAACGCAAGCGCAGCAUGUCUCAACGCAUUAAGAAACCACCCAAUGUGGUGACGAACAUGGAUCCCAAGUUAAUGUCGACGAAUCCUCCCUCACCUGCUACCUCAACAUCGUCCAUUGCAUCUUCUCCCUCCCGCGCGAGUCUUCCUCCCCCGACUCCUGGAAGUGGACUCAGCGGUACCCAUUCGAGGAAGCCCUCAGAGUAUGGUGCAGUCGAGCGAUUUAAACUCAACCACAUGGAAGGCGAUAGGCGCAACUCUAUGCCAAGUCGUCUCCGUACGGCUUCGGUAUCAAGCGCAGGGGAUGGAUCCGGGUCUGAAACCUGGAAUUCAUCUGCUGGGUACGGCAGCCAACAUGAGACUGCCAAUACCCCUGCAUCCUCGGUCCAUUCUGUGGACCUGAGAAAGGCCCCGGAUCCUAGUGAUCGUGUAGUGACUUGCCUUCUCGCAGAGGACAAUCCGAUUACUGCCAAAAUCAUAGAAACUUUGCUUGUCCGGCUAGGGUGCAGGUGCAUCGUGGUCUCUGACGGAUCUGAGGCCAUUAGCGUUGCCAUGGGUGACAUCAAAUUCGAUUGUAUCCUGAUGGAUCUGCAGAUGCCAGUCUUGGACGGAGAAGGUGCUGCGAGGUACAUCAAGAGUACAAAUGGUAAGAACACCAACACACCCAUCAUCGCGGUGAGCGCGUACAGCGGGAUGGAUCCCAGCGAAACUAGCAAUGUUUUCGAUGCGUCCUUGUCGAAGCCGCUGCAAAAGGCAGAUUUGCUCAACGUAUUUCGCCAAUUGGGAUUCAAGACUACGGCCAAGCAAGGCAUUUCGAAUGCCAAAGUUGUUCCCGGCGCGUCUCAGCUCGCACAGCCCCCAAUACUCUCUUCAUGA